AUGCUGGACGAGCACUCCACCAUGCAGCCCCAGUUCUCGGUCUUCCUCGCGCGCAACGACGAGAGCCUCAGCACCAUCUCCUUCGGCGGCUACCAGUCGGAGCGGGCCGCCUCGGCGCUGAGCUGGACGUCCGUGGCCAUGCCCGAGCUGGGCUACUGGCAGGUGACGAUCCAGUCGGUGCGCAUCGGGGGCGACGUCGUCGAGGAUUGCGAGGCGGGCAGGUGCCGCGCGAUCUUGGACACGGGCACCUCGCUUCUGGGCGUGCCGCGCCAGGUAUCCCGGCCGAUGCAGCGGCUGCUCGCCCGGGUGCCGCCGCCGGACGCCGGCGACGGCGACGCGGAGGACGACAUUGACUGCCGCAACGUGGAGGGACUAGACAUCGAGUUCGACCUCGGCGAGCAGGUCAUCAAGGUCGGGGCGGAGGACUACUCGCGGCCAAGGCCGUUCAACAUCACCGCGAACACGACGCAGGGCUGGGAGCUCUCGUGCCGAUCGCUGCUGCUGCCGCUGGACAUCGAGGAGCCGCUGGGCCCUCUGGUCUUCAUCAGGGGACCGGUGCUGCGCAAGUAUUUGACCGUCUACGACUGGGGCACCAAACGGGUCGGCAUCGCGGCGGCGGGCACGCCUGCGGGUCCGUCCCUGGUCAGUGCGGUGGACCAGCCGCCAGCCGACUCCCUGUCCGCGGGCGCCCCGCUGCCCUCCCUGCCGCGCACGACAGCGGCGGCGGCCACGCUGCCGACCGUUGUGGUCGCGUGCUCCGACGUGCAGGGGCGCGAGGCCAACAUGAGGAAGUUGUGCACUUCCGCGAACCUCAAGUCUUGGCUGGGGCACGAGGAUUUUCGAGCGGGAGCCGCUGUUCCUCGACGACUUCGGCAUCCGGAUACCCCUCGAGCCGCCGCCCGACGCGGCGGGGCCGCCUGGCCACCAGACCUCGGGGCAGGACGCCCCGCCGGACGGGCUCGCGGUGUCCCAGCGGCCUCGCCAGUGCGUGUCCGCGAAGACGACGCCCCUGCUGGCACCGGGCCCCUCGCCGGUACUGUGCGCAAUCGCCGCGCCGCCGGGGCUGCCGCCGCCGCAG